AUGGCUUUCAAUCCUGUGCCGGCUCAGCUGACGGUGCACGUUCGGUGGCCAACUCACCCUGAUGAUGCCGAGUUCACACUGGACAGUGUGGUCGCUGGCUUGGGGAUGUCAGACAUGGAUUGCGACAUCAAUUCAUUGGUGAUUCCAGCGUCCACCCCCUCACACAGGGUCCUGACACCACCAUUAGAACUCUUGCCGAACAGCUGGGUUCCCUGGGACACGUCAUUGUCCGAGAGCAGGAGAUUUCAUUUGGUCUUCUUAGAUCGGCAGCUGUAUGCGGAUACCGUCGAGCUCGCCAACACCAUCCAGGCAACUAUGGACUGGGUGCCGACUGCUUGUGCGGAGUGGUCCCACACCUACAUCGAGCUCACGCUGCUGAAUCAUGCGGAGAUGGUCGAACUUCAGGAGCUGAGUUUCGAAGCCUUCCAGCAAAGUUGGUUGCCAUUGCCGGAAACCGAUCUGGACUAUUAUUUCAGCUCCUACGCCCGCUUGGGCAUCCAUGAAGAUAUGCUCAAGGACGAAGUGCGCACGGGGAGCUACAUGGAAGCCAUUGACAGCAGCCAGGUGGAUGUGGAUGGGGGGAAGCAGCCGCGGAUCAGCUGCUGA